UUCUGAACCCCCGUGUUUGGCGUUUUAUUCCGGCGGUGUUCGGUCGCAUCGGGCCGGGGGUGGACACCCUCCCAGCUCUCGGUGUUUUUCGGAUUUAUCCGUGUUUGUUUUGUCCGCGGAGUCGCCUGGAAAUGGAGACGGCUAGCAGGAAUCCGUUACUCGGUAGCCCGACACCAGCGGAGGAGAGCGACUGAAACGGGAGGACAUCAUUGGUUUUGAGAAGUUAUAAUUAAAGUUUGACCCGGUUGGAUGGUUAGCAUGGUGGAGUAGGUGUCGGAGCUGAAGCUGUCGCCGUUCUUCAACCUCUCGCUCCGGGGGAGGCGCGCCACCAUGGCCCCGGGCUCGCUGGUGGCGGCCUGCCGCAGCCUGGCCCUCUCCACCUGGCUGCUGUCCUUCUGCUUCGUCCACCUGCUGUGCCUGGACUUCACCGUGGCCGAGCGGGAGGAGUGGUACACCGCCUUCGUUAACAUCACCUACGUGGACCCGGCCACCUCCGAGCUGCGCACCGAGAAGACGGAGUGCGGCCGCUACGGGGAGCACUCUCCGAAGCGGGACGCCAAGGGGGUGGUGGUCCUGCCCGCGGCCCCGCUGGACCGCCAGGCCUGCGACCCCAACACCCGGUUCGCGGUGCCGUCGCAGGCCGGGGCCUGGGUCGCCCUGAUCGCCGCGGGGAACUGCACCUACAAGGACAAGAUCCGGCACGCCGCGGCCCAGAACGCCUCGGCGGUGGUCAUCUUCAACGUGGGCUCGGCCAACGCCAACGACACCAUCACCAUGCCCCAUCAGGGUACCGGUGAGGUCAUCGCCAUCAUGAUCCCCGAACCCAAAGGCCACGAGGUGGUGUCUCUGCUGAAGCGCAACAUCACGGUCACCAUGACCAUCACCAUCGGCACCAGGAACCUGCAGAAGUACGUGAGCCGCACGUCGGUGGUGUUCGUGUCCAUCUCCUUCAUCGUGCUGAUGAUCAUCUCCCUGGCCUGGCUCGUCUUCUACUACAUCCAGAGGUUCCGAUACGCCAACGCUCGGGACCGGGACCAGACACCUGUUCCACAAGAGCUGUGUGGACCCCUGGCUGCUGGACCACCGGACCUGUCCCAUGUGUAAGAUGAACAUCCUGAAGGCCCUGGGCAUCGCUCUGAACGCGGACUGCCUGGACGACCUCCCCCUGGACUACGAGCUGGCUCUGGGCGGGGUCGGAAUGGGUGGAGUCGGGGCUCUGGCCCUGGAGGCCGUGGUGUCCGGAGCGUCCAGCGACGGUACGCUGAGCGAGGGCGGGUCCUCAGUGGUCCUGGACCCUGGCGUGCGGCGGAUGGGACUCCCACAGGACUAUCAGGACCCUGAUACUCUACGGGACAGUCCGGUGACGGCCAUCACCGACACCCUGACAGGUGAGAUGCAGCCGAUGACGAGCAGCGCCUCCGUGGCGUCGUUGGUCAUCGCCGUGGAAACGGGUCUGUUGGACGAGGAGGCGUCCAUGGAGCGGGCUCAGAUGGGGGCCAAGUCUUGAGAGACCAACAGCAGAACCGAACCAGAACUGGACCCAAAAUAGACUGGUCAGACUUGUUUGAGACUGAUCUGAUCCAAACCUGCCCAGGAGGAUCAGGACCGAGGUUUACCAGGGCUGGGUUCAGGCUCAGAGGAACUGGACUCUGUUGGUUCUGGUUAGUCUCCACACACAGACUCUGUUCUGGUUUCUUUCAGAACCAGAAUCUGGUCCUUCAUUUCAAAGUUCUAUGUGUUUUAUCCUCCUGGUACUGGUUUUACCUCCUGAUCCGGUCCAGGAGUUCUGAUCGUGUCUAACGAGUCCUCAUGUUUCUGGAUCUUUCCUGGACUCGAAUCGUUCUGGUCCCUGCAUCUGGACCCACCUGUCCCGUGUCGGGUUCUGAUGUUUGUUGUCUUGCUGUGACGGACUUUUAUUUUGAAAAGGACUCGAUGUUUAUUUGUUCCUGUGGACCCGUCAGUAUUAAUUCAGUGGUCAGAUGGGCAGAACCUCCUGUCAGUAUUCUGAGCUCCAGGUCUGGAGUUCUCUGGAGGUUCUGGUGUGAGCUGAUCCCAGUGGUCCUCUGUGGUCCAGGUUCUGAACGGAAAGACUUUGAUCCAGACCUGAAGAGUUUUAACUGUGAGCAGAGAACUGAAUGAAAAGUGUUAAAGAAUCUCACAUCAGUAUUUCAGAACCCAUCAGAACCACACCGUCCCGGGUCGCGUUCACAUGGGAGGACCCCGAACCUGGUUUUGGGAAACCAGGUUCUAUUGUUGCGUUCUCUUGUGGACGACCUGAAAACAGUGAUGCCAUGGACCAGGGGUCUCCAGUCCUGGUCCAGUUGGACCACCAUCCUGCAAGUUUUAGAUGUUCCUCUGCUCCUCAACGGGUCUUCAGGUUCUGCAGAAACCAGGUGAGUCAAAACAGAAUGGUAGUCCUCCAGGACCAGGACUGGACCCCCCCGCCCCCCCACCCCCCCCCUCUAAUCUGGCCUACGUGACCAGAUCCAGAACCAAAAUCUCCUGAUGGACCAUCAAAUUCUCGUAAAUCAGUUUUAUGUUCCUCAGAGAGAAACUAUAACCCUGUUAAACCAUCGUAGGAACUUUUAAUUUGGUGCUUUCAGCCCACAGGAAGUUCCUGACAGGUCCUAGAACUGGAACAGGAAGUUCCUGACAGGUCCUAGAACUGGAACAGGAAGUUCCUGACAGGUCAGAUAACUGGAACAGGAAGUUCCUGACAGGUCCUAGAACCAGAACAGGAAGUUCCUGACAGGUCCUAGAACCAGAACAGGAAGUUCCUUACAGGUCAGAUAACCAUAACAGGAAGUUCCUGACAGGUCAGAUAACCAGAACAGGAAGUUCCUGACAGGUCAGAUAACCAUAACAGGAAGUUCCUGACAGGUCCUAGAAUCGGAACAGGAAGUUCCUUACAGGUCAGAUAACCAUAACAGGAAGUUCCUGACAGGUCCUAGAAUCGGAACAGGAAGUUCCUUACAGGUCAGAUAACCAUAACAGGAAGUUCCUGACAGGUCAGAUAACCAGAACAGGAAGUUCCUGACAGUUUAGAUAACCGGAACAGGAAGUUCCUGACAGGUCAGAUAACCAGAACAGGGAGUUCCUGACAGGUCCUAGAACCAGAACAGGAAGUUCUUUGUGUUUUUGUUGAACCCUGAGCUGCAGCUGCUAUUGAGUCGUUUAUAAUUUAGUUCAUUCAUUCAUUCAUUCAUUCAUCUGAGAGAAAUCAUCAGGUGACUUUCUGCUGCUUCUGAAUGAGGACUAAACCUGUGGUUCUCAGAGUCCGGUUCAGGACCUGAACUUGAUGAGACGCCCAGGAGUAAAAGGUCUGGGUCCGAAGCUGCAGAGAUUAGGAGUUAAACAAGAAAACAAAGAUUAAAGAUUCAGAGACUUAAUCCAGGAAUUGUUUCUAAUCUGAGCUCCAGGAACUAAAGAUGAAGAAUUAUUAUAAAAGAAAUCUGAGCCUUUAAAGAACAAAUCUGUUUGUUUUCACUGUAACAGAACAGAGUUCUGACUUUAAACCCCUAAAAUCCACAUUUCAACAAGAAAAAACUCUUCACAAACCCCUGAAGGUCCAUCAGACUCGUGUGGUCCAUCAGACCCGUGUGGUCCAUCAGACCCGUUUGGUCCAUCAGACCCGUGUGGUCCAUCAGACCCGUGUGGUCCAUCAGACCCGUGUUCAGUUCUCAGGUCCUGCUGCCUUUCUUUUUAAAACCCUUCAUUCUGACAAUCCUGGGUUCCAGCAGGAUGAUGCUGAGUCAGCACCACACCAAGCUGUGAAUAAAACCUGUGGUUCUGCCUCGACCCGACCUGCCAGUCCAGUGUGUAAAUAAGUCCACUUCGCCCGUCGCCGAGGUCGUGUGGACGUGUCGCCGGUGCCGCCAGCUUCCCGAGAAAGAAGAUCGACGUCUAUUUUGAUACCAGAGGAGAAGUUUAUUUUUGUAAUGAAGACUCCGCCCCCUGCCCCGCCCCCUGCAGCUCUGUUGGAUCGGGCAGAUUUAGAUGUUGGAUAUUUGUGUUUUAUUUUGUAAAUAAUCUUUUCCAGAAGCUCUGCAGAGUUUGGACCUGAACCCUGAGAGGAACAGGAAAGACCAGCAUCCUGCUGCCCUCGUGGGUCAGAAAGGCCCGACAGCAGGCCGGACGUUGAAAUGAAACCUGAAACGUUGAAUUAAACCUUUAAAAAAGUCGAGUAAAAGUUUGUGUUUUUGUUUUCGGACCGGCCCGUGAGCUCGUUCCUCUGAUUUCAUUUGGAGAAGGUUUCCUGGUUUAAACUAAAUAAUUUAUACUCUGUGGUCACAGAGAGCCUGGAAGAUGGAGUCUGUUUGCCUCGAGAAACUUUCAGUGAUAAAUGUUUUAAUUAAAGUCACUUUGUGUUGUGAACUUUA